UUGACAGACAGUUCGUUCGAGAUCUUAAUAGUGAUCACUUGGCUCAUCUUAGGGUUCCAGUUUGGCUUUUGGUUACCAGGACUUUCCUUCCAGACGAUCUUUUGAGUUUCCUUAGUGAGCCAAUUCAUUUGCUCGCUAUUCAUUUUGGUUUGUUUUUAGUUUCUUACACACCACUGUUAUAUGUUUACUAGGGCAUAAUAGGAGGUUGUUUUGUUUUAUGUUUUAAAUUAGGAGUGGUUUAGAUAAUUUUAUAGCAACCUUCACAUCUAAUUACGUUAUCCAAACAAUAUAUACAGCUAAAUGUUAUUAUUCGAUAAACAUCAACUUAUCUCAUAAAUUCUAUAACUGGUUAUUAAUAAUUAUUUAUUUCUUUCUCCAGUAACUAUAGAAGAGGACAUUAUAAUAAUAACUACAAUAACAACAACGACAGUACAAAUUACAGAGGAUACAGAGACUAUAAUCGAAACUGGGAUUUUAAUAAUCCACACUAUAGACCCAAUAAAUAUCAGAAUUACAACAAUAAACCAUAUGACAAUGACAUUGAAUUAUAUCAUAACAAAGCCUGUUAUUCUAAAAAUACGGAACCACAUGUACAACAUUCUUUAGAGUCUCCGAUAGAAACUGAAGUGAUAAGUGAUAAAGAAACAUUCACUGAUAUGGAAGAAACAACAUAUGAUUUUGUGGUUGUAAGUGAUUCCGAGGAUAACAUAGUACAAUCGAGCGUGGAAUCUAUCUCUCUAUGUAGUAAACAAAAUAAAAAUGAUAUAGAUUCAGUUAAACUGGACUUUUGUGGUAUUAAAGCCUUUGAUAAGGAGAAUCAAAUACUACAGCAAAGCAAGCAACAAUCUCGUGAAUUAGAUACUUGUAAGCAUAAUGAAGAAAUUGUAGUGGAUUCCACUGAAAAUAUUGUAACGGGGAAAAAUACUUCACUCUGCGUUUCAAGUUCCCAAGAUUUAUGCAUCUCAAAUAAGCAUGCUGAAGAGGAUCAUCAACCAGAUAGUACCACAAAUGAGAAAGUCCAAUUAACAACACCCCAUCUCGAAGUAAGUGUACUAAUGUCAUCUGAUGCUAUUAAGGCUCUUGAUAAAGAAUUGGAGAAUAUGAAAACUUAUCCACAUAAUAAAAAGGAUCAUGUUGAAGUGGCAGUAGUUUGCGUUGAUUCUGAAAUUGCAAAUACACUGAAAAACAUGGAUGCUAAAAGAAAAGGAAAACCGUUUAGGAGUAAAUCUUGUUUAAAAUUAGCCCGAGUUGAAAAAUUAAAGAAAAAACGAUCGAAAUCUUUGUCGGAUUCAGUUUCCACCGAUAUCCAAAAUUCUAAAAGUAAAUUUCGGAACACAACCACAUUAAAUUCAAGAUAUAAUAAAAAGUCAACCACACAACAGCCAAAACGAAGAAGCAACGUAAAAAAACAUCAUGGAAAAUCAAACAAUGACUUCACCAUAUACAAUAAACCACAUUUAAUUGAUUUACCAGAUGACCCAACAAAAAUUUACGCAACAUUGUCUUCAAAUGAUCCAAGAAGUAAUUACAAAAAUAAAGUUAUUUCCAAUCCAAAUACCAUUAGUAAUAAGCGACGAAAGACGGAAGACCAUCAGAAUUAUCAUUCAAAAAUUUGUGCUUUAAAAGUUGGAAAAGAAGAAACUCGGAAAACAUUAAGUUUGUCUGACAUGAAACGGAUAGGAAAACGAAGACGUAAAACAGAACCUUCGUUUUCCACUAAUAAAAACAGUAAAAUACAUUUCGCGAAGGAAACAUCCGAAAGAGUAAUGAUUGAUCACAUUAAACCGUUUUCUAUAAAAACUCCAGUGAAACAUACAGCAAAAUUAGUGCGUCAGUAUUUAAUACAUCCAAAAAAAUACUACCAAAGAGCAAUAAUUUUAGAACCUGUUAAUGUACAAAGCGAGCCUAAAAUAAUUAAAACAACACCGGACAUUGAAGAGCUUAUAACAAAAUUCGCAGAAUAUCUUACGCUGUUUUGUUUAACAACUAAAAGCAUAAAAUUAAUGUCUACGUUAAAUGGCGAAGAUCACACAUUAUUAAGCUACCUGGAAGGGGUGAAAGAAACAUUUAGAAAUAGUUGCAAGCUUAUUCCAUAUUCAAAUAUCGAUAUCAAAGAACUCAUUACGAAAGUGUAUAAAAAAAUUAUUUUGGCGAGUAUUGGUUGUUCACACCUGGACAUUACAUCUGCAUUAAAAAUUACUUUUGGUGAUGUCGCUUAUGGAUUAGGUAAAGAAAUUAUUCGCUUAGUAAAGGAUAACUCCAAGUCUAUUUUUAUUAAGCAUGAAAUGAUUGAUGAUGAUUGUGUAAUAAUUGAUGUUAAAAAUGAAGUCGAAGCUCGUUCUACUACAUCUACUUCGCCAAAUAUAACCCAAUCACAAAACCAAACUGAAAAAUCCAACCACCAAAUGAAUAUGCCGAUUCCAGUUCAUACAAACACAACAAAUAAUAGAAAUCCAGAUAGAGUUUCUAAUUUAAACAAUGUGUUAACAUCAAAUCCCAAACUUGUUCAGAUGCUUACUUCAAAUAAUGAAUACUCAAGUUAUUCUGGAUUACAACAACUUCAAACAGCACAUUUUGAAUAUGCUAAUCAACCCAUUAAUAACAACCAGCAAACUGUGAAUGGAACUAUAAAUCAACAUAUAGCGCUUAAUCGAACUGUUCUUCAACAACAACCGCUUCAACAGCAAGUAUAUCAGCAAGUACCUUAUCAUUCUUCUGAAUGUCAACCUCAACGUAUCAAUGAAAUGGUUUAUCAACCUCAUACACCUAGAAACGUAUACAACCAACAAUUAGCAGCUUCCUCUCAAAACCAAAGCGUAACCCAAACAAAUCCAUUCAGAAUGUCUGGUGGUAUUGCUGUAAGAAAGGAUUUAUUAGCGUCUAAUUCGAACCAACCUCAUCAUUCAAAUAGUACUGCUCUGCAAAUAUCUAAUAAAACUGGUCAGAUGCAGUGGAGUGCUCCAUCGGUAAGUAUAAAAUAAAACUAACUUAAAAUGAUGUACUAUGCCACUACAUACAAAAUUAUAUGGCAGUUCAGCUUACCCCCUUU